ACUCCACACUCACACACACAGUCGACACUGCAAAUCCACUUGUAAUUCAAUUUGAUCACGGCGCCGAAAUUAAUUAUACCUCGUGCUCUUAUCUAUUUAUAAAGCCCUCUCUUGGUUCCUCUCAAAUCACACACUACAUACAAUUCCUACACUAUAUGCUCCUUCCAACCCCCUCUUUGUUUUUGUGCCUCUCUAGUUUCAUCAAUAACCCAAAAGUGAAACAAAAACACACCCAAAAACAAAAUGAUGACUUGUAACCAAACAUGGCCAGAACCUAUAGUUAGAGUCCAAGCCUUAGCUGAAAGUGGGCUAAGCUCAAUCCCUUCAUCCUACAUCAAACCAUGUUCUCAAAGACCCACUCAAACCACUUUUACUCCUCAAAAUGAUCACUAUGAUCAUAUUAACAUCCCCGUGAUCGACCUUGAGCACCUCUCUGGUGGGGAUCAGGUCCUCAGAGAGAAAGUGCUCAAGCAGGUCUCGGAGGCAUGUAGGGAGUGGGGUUUUUUCCAAGUGGUGAACCAUGGGAUUGAUCAUGAGUUGAUGAAGAGUGCUAAGGAAGUGUGGCGUGAGUUUUUUGAUCUUCCACUUGAGAUGAAAGAAGAACUUGCUAACUCUCCUAGUACUUAUGAGGGGUAUGGUAGUAGGUUGGGAGUGAAAAAAGGUGCUAUUUUGGAUUGGAGUGACUAUUUUUUUCUUCAUUAUAUGCCUCCUUCUCUUAGGAACCAAGCUAAGUGGCCAGCACUUCCAUCAUCUUUGAGGAAAGUGAUUGCUGAAUAUGGUGAGGAAGUGGUUAAGCUAGGAGGAAGGAUGUUGGAAUUAAUGUCAAUAAAUCUUGGCUUAAAAGAAGAUUAUCUCAUGAAUUCAUUUGGAGGAGAAAAUGAGCUUGGUGCUUGUUUAAGGGUAAAUUUCUAUCCAAAAUGCCCACAACCUGACCUUACUUUAGGACUGUCUCCUCACUCAGACCCUGGUGGUAUGACCAUUCUUCUUCCUGAUGAUUUUGUGUCUGGCCUUCAAGUAAGAAAAGGAAAUGACUGGAUCACUGUUAGGCCUGUCCCUAAUGCUUUUAUCAUCAACAUUGGUGACCAAAUUCAGGUGCUGAGCAAUGCAAUAUACAAGAGUAUAGAACACAGGGUGAUUGUGAAUCCAAUCAAAGAUAGAGUUUCUUUGGCAAUGUUUUACAACCCAAAAAGUGAUUUAUUAAUUCAACCUGCAAAGGAGCUUGUGACAAAGGAAAGGCCAGCCAUGUACCCACCAAUGACUUAUGAUGAAUACAGACUUUUUAUUAGGAUGAAAGGACCUUGUGGGAAGGCCCAAGUUGAAUCAUUGGCUAACAAAUGUGAUUAAUUCCAAUAAUUAUAUUAUGUAAUUUGCAAAUAACUAAUUUGCAUAUAAUUAAAUAAUUGGACAUGUUGUUAAUGUUUUAGUGUUGAAUGGAUUGUUUAACUUUUUUUUUUCACUAUCA